AUGUGUGGGAAUGCCUUGUUUGAAACUCAGAAAUUAAAAGAAGACCAUGUUCGCCAGGGGCAGUACUUCCUUGAGUACCUUAACUUUUCCUGCACUCGAACGUGCGAUAGAUGCCUUAAUGAAGGUUGGACAAGAGGUGUUUCUGUCCAACGUUCUCCAGUUGCAGCCCUAGAUGUUAGCGUGACGUCCACUGGAGACCAGAUCGACAAGUUUCUUCCAAGUGUCCAGAUACAGAAAUUAAUCAACGAGGGAAAAUUGCCCUUUUCUGAAGGAAGGUUUUUGCAAGGGUAUGUUCCCAGUACAACGUGGACGAGACUGCAUGUAAAAGCUACGUACAGCACCUUGAGUUCCUCGAUGCAAAGUAAGAGAAAGGAACACUCUUCCGCUUAUUUCUUGGACAAUUGA